AUGAACUAUGCGAGACGGAAGAUUGAUGAAGAGAGAAAAGAGGCCGAGCGGCAGGCAAUGGUACAAGCUUCCGAAAGGAUCCUCGCUUCAGAAGUAGCGAAACGAGAAGCCGAAGAAAAGCAAGAGGAAGAAAAACGGCUUCAAGAACAAGAGGAGAAGUUAGCCGAGGAAAGAGCAAAGAAGGACGCUGAGCAGAGAGAGAAGAAGGCGAGCUCCCUCAACGCAGCGGAGAAGUUGGCUAAUGAGAAAGAGAAAGAGAUAAGGCGAAUGAAAGAAGAGAUGGAGAGGCAAUUAGCUGAGGAAAGGGCGAAGAAACGCGCCGAAGAGAGAGAUAGGGUAGCAAGGCAAUUUAAAGAGGAGAGGGCUAAAAAGCUAGCAGAAGAGAAGGCAAGGAUAACGCUGGAAAGGAAAAACAUACGACAGCAAGCUAAAGCAGAGGCAUGA